AUGUCCCAAGUUGACUUGCUGGAGGAAAUUUGCCAUUUGAGAUUUACUGCCGAGCGGGAUUUGCUCAACUCCUGGGAGGCCUACCGAGUGUCGAACAUUACCCGUCAGUUGGCGAGCGAAGCAGACCGGACCAUCUAUGCGGAAGCGAUUGCGUUCAGCGAUGUCGGCGACGGCGGCUCGAAGACGUUUUUUCCGAAAUAUUUAAGCACACUGGUGGUGGAGCGUUUGGCUGCCGCGUACAAAGGUGGACCCAUGCCAAAGGGGGUUACGUGUCAGCAGGCACGCGAUUUUGGAUCCAUGCUGAACAUCGAGUUGCCAAUUAUUGAUAUCGUUAAAUUAGAUAAUGAAACUUUUUGGAAACAAGUGGUAAAGGUAAAAACCAAGCGACUUGUCGACUUCUUAAAAUUAGAACAGAUUCCCGGAGUUUAUUGGAAACCAUUUGGCAUUGAGUUGAAAGUAGCGGAAGCAAUCGAAAAUGAAAAGCCUGAGUACUGGUUUGAAGGAUGCUUGGAAGAUAUACUAAUCGAAACAGCUUCCUUCAUAAGAAAACUUGAACUGUCUCAACUACUACCCCUUGAAAAGGUUGAACCAGCUGAAGGAUACGAAGAAUAUAAAGUGUAUAAUGCUCCUCCCGAGUUGUGCAGCCAUGGGUCGCUGGAAAUUUUGAAGCAUUUAGUGAACCUUACCUCGUUAAGUUUGGUAUUCGGAUUGGAUAGUAUUUUAAAGGGUUACGAGCGCAGAUUUUUCCAGUUUUCCUUCGAGGAUAUGGAAAAUCUGGGCAAAGCACUCCCGAAAUUACAACUUUUACAAUAUUUCACGAUGGCGCGAAGUCGAAUGAGUCCGGAUAAAUUAAAACUACUUUUAGGACAGCUUGCACAGAUUAAACUCAAAUCGCUUGAGCUAUCCUAUUGCUACUUGGGAGAGGACAUAGGGAUUUUACUGGGAAAGUAUAUUAGUCGAUGUCCCGAAACUCUUGAAGCUAUCAAUUUAACAGGAAAUUUCUUAAACGACAAAGAGAUAGAAGACUUCAGCUAUGGGAUCAACGUUUAUCAAGGAUUCUUGGAUAAGCUUGAUAUAUCUCAUAAUCCGAUCGGUGAACCGGGCAUUCUAGUACUAGGUGGUGCCAUCAAAAACACUCGUCAUGUGCGGGAACUGAACGUUACCGGUUGUGAAUUGGGAGAGCAAGGUGCAUACAGGGUGGUACAACUGAUCGGAUUCCACCGCCCGUUGAAGAUACUACACAUGAACUGCACCCCUCUGGGAAAAUCCGGUGGAAAGAAACUGGUUGAAGUUCUUCUGGAAAAUUGGCAGGUCGAACAAGUAAACUGUAAAAGCUGUCAACUAAGGCCGAGACACGAGAAACGAGUCAAAAGUAUUCUUCGAAGAAACCAUAAAUUCCAGUUGUCCCAAAAUCAGGUUGGGAGACGUAUGAUCGCAUUAGCAACUGUUCCGCAAGAUAUCGCCGAUUUAAGCACCUUUUCAAUUUCACCCUACAUGGUAAUAGCAGCUGCAAGAAAGCUAAAAAGCUCUUUCUCCCCUGGACCGGAUGAGAUUCCAGCUGCUGUCUACUGUCGCUGUGCCGUCGCUUUGGCUCAACCUUUGUCUCGCAUCUACAACCAAUCAUUUGACCAGGCUAAGUUCCCCGAGGUUUGGAAACAACCCUACAUGUUCCCGGUGUUCAAAGCCGGAGAUAAUAUAAAUAUCAAACAGUACCAGGGAAUAACGAAUCUUUCAGCUGGAUCUAAAUCAGGUAUACCGCAGGGCAGCAAUCUGGGCCCACUGCUUAUCUCACUGUUUUUUAAUGAUGUAGCAGUAGUGUUAGAUUCCGGGUACAAGCUCAUAUUUGUCGACGACCUUACGCUGUACUUAGUCAUCCAGUCAGCCGAGGACUGCUACCAACUGCAAGCAUUAUUGGAUCGCUUUGUGAAGUGGUGUGGAUUGAAUUAG